CCGGUUCAACCCUGUUCAUCUCAGGUCUGCAAUCCACCUUCCCGAUGUUCGGAGACUGGAUCUGGAAAAGUUGUCUGUGAACAAGCCUCGAACGACUUGAGUCAGGGAGAAAGGGCUGCACAGAUGACGACAGUGACGACCCAUGCCUCGAGCGACCCGAGUCAGACAGCGAGUACACCAGUGACGACCACAAAAAAGCCUGCUACACAGGCGACUCCAUCACCAGCAGACUGCUGGGACCUCUAUGACGCCUGCUAUGCCGGGAACCUGGAGGAGGUGAAGCGGAUCCUGUCUCAGGGCGUGGACGUCAACUGUAGGAGGUGGGGCUGGACACCGGUGAUGAGGGCAGCAUACAGGGGACACAGAGACGUGGUGGAGCUCCUGGUGAGUGAAGGGGCCGAUGUGUCACUGGUGGACAGGAACGGUAACAACAUCCUUCACUACGCCUGUUAUGAAGGACACUUGGAGACGGUGAAGUUUGUGCUGUCUCUGCACGUGGUGGACAUCGACGCCAGGGACAACGACGGGCGGACGGCGGCCGACCUGGCGAGACGCGGGGGAUAUACGCGAGUGUUGGAUCUCCUCGUGUCCCGCGGCGCUCAGUGACGUCAGAGUCGUGUUUGUGUGGACGGUGGAGGUGACGUGACAGUGACGUGGUGUGCCGUUCACGUCGCCGUGUAUAAAUAUGUCUUUAUUUACGUGAAACUGUUUGUUGUGUUUGGAGAUGAAUAAAACUUGUAAAAACUU